ACUUGUGCUUAGCAUGAAAAAUGGCAAGCUUAAAAAUUAAAUCACAAUUGACUGGCCAGCAAUAACCAAACAUAUCACAAAAUAUAUUUGCACUUACAAAGUAAGCAAAAAAUAAAAAAACAACAAAAUAAAAAAGUUUAAAAAGUGUUAUAAAUGAAAAAUGAAAAUGCAAAGUAUAAAUGAAAGAAGAAAAAAAUGUGGCAAACUUAAUUACGUCGCUGGGAAAAAAGGCAAAACUCAUAAUAUUUAUGGCACAGUCAGUGUUGUAGAGGAAUGUGGAAAAAAUGAUAAUUAAAUGAAUUAAAAUUUAUUUCAAAAAAAAAAAAAAAAAAAAAAACCCAACGCACAAUAAUCUCAUUAACCCACACCACCCUGUUGUUGCUGCUGGGGUUGUGCAAGUGCGCGCCGGCAUAAAACAGUUAUACAACAAAAUGUUUGGCUGCAUCUACCAAUUAUGGGACUGGUUGGACGCCCCGCCACUCUUCAACGCGGCCACCAUGGACGCCAAGAAGUUGCAACAACUGCAGCAAGCCAACGCCCAAAAAAAGUUGCCACUCGCCUAUCAGACGAGCCUCGUCGACUAUCGAGCUGCCACACAUUCGCCCGUCUUUCAGCAGCAACAAGCUGCCGCCAUGAGCGGUUAUCAUGGCGGCGGUGGCAGCAGUGGCUACCAGCAAAGCCCCACAGCCACCUCCUCGAGUGGUGGUCCACUCACACCUAUCGAUAUGCAACCACAGCCGAAUAAAAUGCUGCUCAAGCAUAUGAUUGGCUCUGGUGGCAAUACCUCGAGCAGUUCGCACAGCUCGCCAUAUCACCAGUCGUCAUCUUACAGCGGCGGUGAGCAACUUUAUCAGUCGCCGACGGAACGUACCUAUUUGACAGCGGCUGGACGGCUGCAGGCAACCUCGGCACAUAAUCCUGCCAGCGCCCUACAACAACAAUACCAACAGUUGCAACAAGCCAAGUUGGCGGCCCAGCUGCAGACACAGAACGAGGCGGCUCAACAGCAACAACGCACAUUCGCCAUGCGGCAAGCUUUGAAUCCGCCAGUGCCGCAAGGGCACUUUCACAUGAGUCAGUCAUCCAGCGUUAUGUCAUCAAUGACCUUACAACAACAGCAACAGCAACAACAGCAACAGCAACAACAGCAGCAGCAGCAACAGCAGAAUGCCGCCGCGGCGGCGGUGCAUGGUCGUGCGCCACCCUCAUCUCUGAACUUGAACAGUCCUUAUCAUCCAGCGCCCAGUGGUCCUUUGAAGGUCAACCAGAAGCAGUCACAGCAACAACACUACCAUUCGCAAGAUCAACAAAUCUACGCACAACAACAACAACAACAUCAGCUCCAAAUGCAGCUACAACACCAGCAACAAUUGCAGCAACAGCACGCACAUCAACAACAACAACAACAGCAACAGCGUCUCAAGGUAGAGCAACCAACGCCGGGCAGCGAGCAGAGUCCAGUCUACAUACAACAAAAUCAUCCGGGCCAUGUCGUCAACCAGGCAUGCCAAACACAAAUAUCGGCGGUGAAAGGUGGUACUGGUACAGUGGUGCAGAAGACCACACCCAGCUCGGAGGACUCCUCUGGUAAGAGCCCUUCGCACGCGCCCCUCGAUCGCAAAAAGAGUAUCGGCUCCAUGCAGGCACUAAAGUCACCCAUCACAAAACGCCCUCCCUCGUCGCCAGUCACCUUCUCCGGUUGGCUGUACAAGCAAGGUUCAGAUGGAUUGAAAGUGUGGCGCAAACGUUGGUUCGUGUUAGCCGAGUACUGCCUCUACUACUAUAAGGGACCCGAGGAGGAAAAGUUACUUGGUUCCAUACUCUUACCGUCGUAUAAAGUGUCCGCCUGUUUGCCAGAAGACAAAAUCUAUCGCAAGUAUGCCUUCAAAUGCGAACACCAAAAUAUGCGUACCUAUUGGCUGGCGGCCGAGACUGGGGAAUCAAUGGUGCAAUGGGUGCGCGCACUCACCGCAGCCACGACCAUGCAGGCACCCAACAGCGGCGAGUCGGACCAGCCGAGCGGCUCGUCUUCACUUAAUCACAGCGGCGAAAACUCCGAUUCUGGAAUACACACUCUGCAGUCGCAGCAAAGUAAGAUGAGCCUCAAUCAAGGACAAGUAACUCCGGCAUCAGAGAAUGCGAAUGCCAAUUCGGCAUCGAGUAGCAAUAGCGGUGGCGGUGUGGGCGGAGCACAACCCCUAUACGCGAACGCGCCACCUAAACCAAGACGCAUCAACGACGGCGGCUAUUCCUCGCCCAGCCCCGAACAUUCGAUUGACAACGAACGCAAACCACAUCAUCAACAGCAGCAGCAAGCGGGUCGUCACAGUGGACUCAUGUCACCGACAUUACAACAAAUGCAGCAACAACAACAGCAACUCUAUCAACAACGUGGCGCCCAGCAACCACAACAACAUCAUGCCAUUUACGAUACACGCACGGGCAAUGUUUCCUCGGCGCUGCGGUUACAACAAGCCCAACAACAGUACUCCGUUGACCAACUGGAAGCGCAAUUACAGCAGCAAAUGGCCUUGUCAGCGGAAGAUUACCCUAAAUCACCGCCACCGCCGGCCACACAUUCCAAUUAUAUGGAGCUCGAAGAGCAAAUGCUACGUCUGCAACAACAACAGCAACAGCGCGCUGGUGAAGAUAUUUAUGGCGAAAGGGAUCUUUAUAUGCAAAAGCUGAUGCAGCAACGCUAUCCGGCGCACUUGGCGCUCUAUCCAAAUGCGGAGCGCCGCACACCGGACGCAUAUGGACGUUCGAAAAAUCGUAUAUUCUCGGAUUAUGAAGAUAUUUACAACUUGACGCAGACUGGCAUGCCGCAAAGUGCACAGGAGGCGCUGCUGCAAGAAGCGGCCAGUUAUAGGAGGCCGCUGAGUCCGCCCAGCUACGAUGGCAGCAAACAUGUGCCGGCGAUGCCGAUGCGUUACACUCCCAAUCACCUGGAGUCCGCCGCUGCACAGCAACAGCAGCUCACUUCAAGCAGCAGCAAUCUACGCGCACGUCCACCCGCUGCUAUCGUGCGUCCACAUUCCGCGGACUUUUUGGAAUAUGAAGCACGCGCCGAAUCAGCAGCUGCUGCCGCUGGCUCGAGAAACCCACCUUCCACCAUGACAGCUGACCCGGUGCGCGCCCCACGACCAAAAUCCUCACUAGACAUCAAUCGCACACCCGACAGCUUCUACUACUCGGAGGCCAGUUAUGCGGAGAAAAUGCGGAAAAGCGCUCUUUACCUGCAACAUCCGCAGGGUGGCACGACCAGUGCGCAGCCACAACAAGGUGUCGGCUAUCGUACCACAAAUGAUUUCCUUAGCCCCGUUGGUAGCGGCAUGCACACAAUCGGUUACGAGAAUCCAUACGAACGCUCCUACAAGCGCGGUGAACAACUACAUGACGCCAGUCAGGGUGCCGCUAGCAUGCCACGAAUGAGUCGCAGCAACACAACAACCACUAUGAACACCAGUGGCUUGGCACAUUUGCGUUCGCAGUCGAUGCAUCCGCAAACACACAGCCCACUCUCACCACAGUCCCAGUCGCAGCAGCAGCAGCAGCAGAAGCAACAGCAGCAGCCACUGCCACCGCAAAAGCCUGUCUAUACGCCAACCAUGUCGACGCAGCAGAUAAUACAGCAGAGCGAGCAAUUUCUACGCUCGGCCAGCGCACGCUUGCCCAAGCGCUCCGGCGGGUUCGACGAUGACUACAACAGCGCGGCAGCCACUUCACCGCCACAAUCACAACAACAGCAGCAGCAGCAACAGCAGCAGCAUGUGCAGCAGUCACAGUCACAAUCACAAUCAUUGUCAUCUUCACAGUCACAACAACAACAUCAGCAUCCACAUCCACAUCAGCCAUCGGCGCAAGAUGGCGAACGCAAGCGUGAGGAGUCGAUGAAACGUUUGCUGGAGUGGAAGCAGCGCAUGUUGCAGUCACCGCUGACGCGUAAGGGCAUGCAACAGGGUGGUAGUAACAUGUCGGCCAUGUCGAAGCUUGGUAGCAAUCCGAACAUACUGCUCGCAUCGACGACGGUGGCGAGCGGCGCGCAUUAUGUCGCCCCCAAUGCUGGCGGUGGCAACAGCAGCGGCACUGCGGUCGGCAGUGGUGCUGGUAGAGUUGGUGUUGCGUCUGGAAUUGUUGGUGGCAGUAGUGGCGGGACUAGUAGUAGUCUUGUCGGCGGUGUAGGUGGCAUACAACGUAGCCAAUCGGAAGUUCACGCGAACCUCGGACCAGCUGGUUACAAUAGUUACUCUUCGGAUGAUGAAGCAGCGUCAAUUUCGGUACGUAAUGUACGUAAUCUACCCAAAGGCAAUCUUACCGUCAAACCAGAUCCUUCUGAUGCACAAAAUCCACUGCACCAGCAGCUGCAGCAACAACAACACUUAACUCAAGGCAAUUACGAUCAAACGUUGGGUAAACUAACGAAUUCCUAUUAUGGCACAGCGCACGAUACCAAAUAUGCGAAGACAACAACACUAACGGAUCACCGCAGUGGCGGUGGAGCUGGAGCUGGUGUGGGUGGUGGUUUCUACAGCAGCAGCAACGGACUCAAUUCAGGCAGUAGCAGCAAUAUCCUGGCCUCCUCCACGCCAUUACAUCCCGGCGUAAAUGGUGGCGACUAUUAUGGUGGCAUAUCUGCGGGUGUGGGUGGCGGAGCAGCCGCCGGUCCAACCCUGUGGCAAGAGCAACACAUACAACAACAAGCAUCAUAUCCCAUGAGACGCGUGGAUAGUCGUGCUGAAAUCGAUAUGUUGGAACGUGAGACCAGCACACAGAUGAGGAAUCUGGAUGUUUCCGCCGGUGAUCUACUAAGUCGCACCCACGAGGAGCUGGUGCUGCUGCUGAUACAGCUGAGACGGCAGAACAGCAAUACAGCGCGUGCCAUCGAGCAAUGUUGCAGUGAUAUUCAUGAAGUGCAGAAUCGUCUACGCACUGCUGAGGGUCUAUCACGCGCCGAGAGUAUACAGCGUUUGGAUUACCUUAAGCAGCAUUUGCUCGAUUUGGAGCGUCAUUAUGAGAAGAGUAAGCCGCUUGUCAAUUUGGUGGAUAAUAUGGUGAAACUGGGAUCACUAUAUCGCAAUAACGAUGUUAAUGGUCGCCAGCCCCAGCGCAAUGAGGCCGUGACUCUCGAUCGUCUCGAAUUCAAUCAGCGCAUACAGGAGCGUCGCCUAUUACAGGAGGAGCAGAAGCAAUGGGAUCGACUCAGUCCAAAUCACAGCGAGUUGCAGUCCAAGGUCCAUGAACUCUACCAACUCGAUCAACUUUUGCAAGAGGAAUCUGGUACACUGCAAAACUUGCAGCGCGACAAGGAGGAAUUGGAACGCGCCUUGGGCGGUUUGCGUGCACGUAUACAAGACACUUCCGGUCCACCAAUUGCACUGGAGGCCGCAAAGAAACAACAACAUAUGCUAGAGCGCGAGCUGUCACGUGUCCAUCAACUGUUGGCGGAGAACUCAAAGGUAGUCGAGAAAUUAGAGCAAACCGUCGCUGGCAAUGCACGACUCGAACAGGAAUUGAUUGUGCUGCGUCAAAAACUACAGGCUUCUCGCGGUGCACGCGGCUCUCAGGGCGCACUCACGAACGGCAUUGGCGGUGGAACCGAUAGUUUUGCCAGCAACACAACCGCCAUGUUGGAAUCGGAGCUGAAGCGCGUACAAACUCUUGUGGGCGAUAUGCAACGUCAAAGACAAGAGCUGAGCUCCGCGGUACGUCAGCUAACGGAGAACUCUAAUCGCCUCUACCAGGAGAUCGGCAACAAGGAAAAUAUUGCGAAUGGUAUGCCGCUUGAUACGCAACAUAAGAAGCGCACGAACUCUUCGUCGUGGCAGGAAACCGAUAUGGACUCAUUGUUGAGCAUCACACACACGCUGAACAACGACGCGACACUCAACUUAUCCACGCCGCUCUAUGUGGACACCAAGCUGAGCGACUAUGCACAUAAUGGUGGUGACGAGUUGCAACGUCUGAUGGCUGGCGGCGCUGGGCUUGGUGGUAGCAAUGCGUACCGAUAUAAUGACACCAGCGAUAAUUUGGAGACUAGUGGCGUGGAUAGUGAUGGCUUCCUCGACUCAAAUCCAUUUUCCAACCUCACCAAUCAGGAGAAGCAAGAAAUCAAGACGGUGCGCAUUGUAAAGCGUGAAUCGGAGCGUAGACACCGCGACCGCACUGAGCGGAACGGUCUCAGCAACUCCACACAAAACCUCGAUCAGGUGCUUGAGGAGGAGCAACAGCUAAUGAGCAGUAACGGGCUGGGUAGUGCCGGUUAUCAACAUAUGAACGGCAGCGCAAACGAGUACCAAAGUAAUGGUCGUUCAAAAUCACUGCCACGUAGCUAUAACGAGCCGCCGUCAAUGGGCAAAGUGCGACACCAUCAUCACCACAGCAGUAAGCAUAGUAGUAGCAAGCAGAAUGGCCAUCAUAGCAGCGGCGGCAGCAGCAAACAGGAAGAUUACUAUAGCAGAAACUAUGACAAGAACAGCAACUAUGCUGCGAACUAUCAAAUGAGCAAUGGGGCGAGUGUAGGUGGCAAUGCGGAGCGUCGUGAACAUCUCAAUCCGCUGGCCAAUGCCUACUUUGCCAAGCAGCUGUUACAGCAGCAACAACAUCAUCAGCCUGGCCAGACACGCGAGUCCGCACAGCACGCGCUGCGUCAAAAGACAGACUCGAUGCAGAGUUUGAAUAAGAGCCUCACCGAUCUGGGUCCCGAUCCGGUAUUCCAAAGUGAAGCGGCACGUCAAAUCAUCAACGAACUUUCGGCCGGCUCAGCGUCGGAAGAUAAUACGGAGAAGAUUGUGGAGAAAGUACCGUCACAGCAUAAACAUCGACGUGCGGUGCCACGUGAGAAGCGUCGUCACUACACUGCGCCAAAUAAUGUCAACGUAAAGGCGAUGGAGAAUGUGCAGGCGGAGAACGAUAUGAACCGAAAUAAUACUAAUUGGCGUGCACGUGAUGAUCUUGACAUGGAUUUGGCGCUACGUCCACGCAUGAAUGCGCCCGACGUGGUGCGCUCCGCAUUGGGUCACGGCGAAAAGAUUUCGGAGAACACAAUAGAUAAUCUGCUAUUGGCUCCAAACAAAAUUGUCAUACCGGAGCGAUAUAUACCGGAAAAGACACCCGAGCUAUCGCCGGAAGAAAAGAAGCGUCGCCAAGAAAAAGUCGAGUCCAUCAAGAAAAUGCUGAUCGAAGCGCCCAUAAGUUCCGCAAAUGACACAACUGUUAGUCUACCACCGAGCAAAAUGAACGCCGAAAAGAAACAACGCGAGCAUUUAUUACAACUCAAUCAAAUAUUGGCGCAACAAGUCAUGCAAAAGAGCAAAAUCGUAGCUGAAAAAGCAAUGGCCCAAGUGUAUAAAGAAUUAGACGACACAUCGCCGACAGGACGAGAUGAAAGAAGUUCCGAAUCACCAAGCGAUCCACUGCCGAUUUAUCAACAACGCGAUAAUUACUUUAGUUAAAAAACCAAAAACAGCAGCACAAAAAUAUAAAAUGCAGCAAAAACACUCUACAACAAUAGUAACAAAUUAAAAAAAUUACAGUUAAAAAACUACAAAACAGUUAGAAGAGCGAAUAACGGUGUAGAAAAUACUAAAAAAUACAACUAUAGAAUAUUUUAGGAACAAAAGUAUAAAAAAACAAUAACUAAAAAUAUUUAAAUCAAUACUUGACAGCACCAAAACAUCGUAUACAUAUUAUAAACAGCUACAGUCACAACAACACUGCAACAUUUAAAUAAACUAAAUAACAAAAGUAAAUGUAACAAUAAACCACGAGAACCCAAAAUACAAAACUAUUGCAUUUAUCUUGAACGUGAAAGCAAAGAAAACCACGAAAUAUGCGUUGCACAAAAUUAAAAUAAAUGCUGCACUAAAUAAAUAUUAAACAAAAAUACUUUUGGCUUCAAUAAAAGGUGGAAAAGGAGCUAAAAAAAAAACUAAAGAAAACUAAAAAGCGCUGCAAAGCGAUAUUGCUUAUUAUCUGCGAAUUGUUGUUGCGAGAAUAUAGUAUAAAAAACUGAAAUUCAAUUAAUUGCAAAAACUAUUAAAACGUCAACUAAUAAAUUUAAUUAACUAUUUUUUGCUUAGCUGCAAAUCUCAAAUGACUGAAUUGUAAAGCAAAUUUAAAAGACUAUGAAAUAUAUUCACUAAAAAUAUCAACUAAAUGUUAAACAUAAAGAAAAAUAUAUAUAUAUGUAAAACAAAAUCAUUAAAAUGACCGAUAGUAAAAACCGUUAAACAUUUAUUUCAAUUAACUGAAAACCUGCUUUCAGAGCUCAUGUAAUUGAGAUAAUAUUAAACAGUUAUACAUACUUAUAUGUAUAUGAUGAAUGAAAAGCAGAGAUGAGUUGAGGAUGUCGAAAUAUUUUCACUUUCUUUUUCACACAUCACCUUCAAAUAUCUUUUAAAGUUAUAAAAAAACAUCCAAAAGACACAGAAAAAAUUUUCAAAAUUAUAUUUAUUUCGCUUGUUUAAAUAAAAUAUUUUAUUUCCUUCUUCAUACGAGUAUAUAGUUGAACAUUUAUUUAAAAACACAUUUCUAGACAGAUAUUUUGAUUUAAAUACAAAACCUUGAUGUCUGCUUUCAAAGCAAAGAUUGUUUCAAAAUGCAUUAUAAUUCGGAAAAAUGGAAUAAGAACAGGAAUUAUAUGAAAACAAACGAAUUAGGUCACAUAUCAAAAUUGAAACGAAUUAAAUUAUUAGAUGAAUUAUUGAUGUAUGUAAGUUUAAGAGUAAUGAAAAUUAUAUCAACACGAAAAUAAAAUGAC